GGAAGGGAGGAGGAGGAAGGAUGGAGUCUGCGAUUGCGGCUGCCGACGGCGGCGACAGGCCCGAGGCCGCGGCGGGUUCCGGCCUGUCCGCCUCCCAGCGUCGGGCCGAGCUGCGGCGGAGAAAGCUGCUCAUGAACUCGGAGCAGCGCAUCAACCGCAUCUUGGGCUUCCACAGGCCCGGCGGCGGCGCGGAAGAGAGUCAAGCAAAAUCAAAGCAGCAGGACAGUGACAAACUGAACUCUCUCGGUGUUCCUUCUGUUUCCAAGCGGGUAGUGCUGGGUGAUUCAGUCAGUUCCGGGAGCACUGACCGGCCUGGUGGUGUGGCUGAGGUCAAGGGUACCCAGCUGGGAGAGAAACUGGACUCAUUCAUGAAACCACCAGAAUGCAGCAAUGAUGUCAACCUUGAGCUCCGGCAGCGGAACAGAGGGGACCUGACAGCAGACAGUGCGCAGAGGGGCUCGCAGCACGGCUUAGAACAGUACCUUUCCAGGUUUGAAGAAGCCAUGAAGCUCCGGAAGCAGCUGAUCAGUGAAAAGCCCAGCCAGGAGGAUGGAAGUUCCACAGAAGAGUUUGACUCCUUCCGAAUAUUUAGAUUGGUGGGAUGCGCUCUUCUUGCACUCGGAGUCAGAGCUUUUGUUUGCAAAUAUUUGUCCAUAUUUGCUCCGUUUCUUACUUUACAACUUGCAUACAUGGGACUAUACAAAUACUUUCCCAAGGGAGAAAAGAAAGUGAAGACCACAGUGCUCACAGCAGCUCUUUUGUUAUCUGGGAUUCCUGCUGAAGUGAUAAAUCGAUCGAUGGAUACCUAUAGUAAAAUGGGUGAAGUCUUCACAGACCUUUGUGUCUACUUUUUCACGUUCAUCUUUUGUCAUGAACUGGUGGAUUAUUGGGGCUCUCAAGUACCAUGAAGGCUGAAGAACUCAGAGUUUUCAAAGUGAAAAUCAAUUUCUCUUCAAUAUUGCAAUGUUUCAGAAGGAGGCAAAUUGCUUUACACCUUUAUGUAAUUCUUUUAAUUUACAGGGACUGUAAAACGACUUUAUUAGGUUCCCUGAAUUAAAGGGGUUUGUGAAUGUACUAGUACUGCUGAGUAACUAGAUGGGGUAAUGAUUAUUAUUGAUCAUUAUUGGUUGUCCUUAUUUAAUUAGACUCUCAGCCACAUACCUUCCUCCUCACUUCUGAGAUGUACGCUUCCUGUUUUGGAGACUAAGGUCUGUUUGUAGGAGAGUAGAUAAACAUGGUCUCAGCAGCCCUAAAGGUCUAUUUCUUGUAUUUCUGUCAUUUUGUCCUGAGAUAUAAAACCCAUCUUAAAAAUAAAGCGAAAAGAAUUGUAUUGUU